AUGAACCCAAAACUCGUCUCACUGGCCAUCUUGUUUUUGUUCGAACCUCGUGCGUUCCGGGCGGUUUCAAAAUUCCACGGUUCCACGAUGAAAAAACACGUUUCCCGUAAAUUGAAAUCGUCCUGGCGCAAGCAUAUCGAUACGAGUGAGAUCGAUUCCUUUCUCGAGCAACAGCGACAGGAUGAGCGCAUCGGACAGACCGCAGACCAGCCGGACAAUGAGUUGUUUAGUGAGGAGAGAAAACCGGGUAAACCGAAGACUACCCUUCGAGAGCUGCGCCGUAAGCAGUUCGCCGAAACACCGAAAUCGCUGCUGCCGCUGAAAAAUACGUCCCAGGUCCGGGAUCCGAUCGUGAAGCGAAACGUUAAGCAGACCAGCAGCAUUCCGGCCAAACAGGGAGGGGGCAGCUUUCGACCGGAACGUAAACGGCCCCUCAUCCGGAAGAAUGUGUGCGAUGUGACGAUGCAGGAAGACUUGUGGAACGAUGAAAGUGGUGGCGUGCCGAAAUCGCUACAGUCCCAGUGGAUAGACAAGGAGCAGGUGCUGCAUACACUUCGGCACUCCGGCAAACCGCUAGUGAAGCAACCGGGCAAGAUCGUGACGGGAAAGGAGAAGAAAGCAGCCUCCAAUCUACCACACCAGGGCACGAGCUACAAUCCAGCGAUCGAUGAUUAUCUAGAGCUGAAGAACCAGGCAGUAGAAGAGGAGCGGAGUAUUCGUAAACGGCAGGCACACUUUGAUCGGGUGGUCACCAACAUGUUUGCGAAGGAAGAACCAGCUGAGCGGAGAGCCAGACAGUUCAAGGAGCUGACUGAAGGGUUGAUCGAAGCGCAGAACCCUGACUCGGAUGCCGAGGAGGAUGCAGAAACUGAGGGCACCAGCGAGACUAUUAAAGCAAAGGGGAAGGUCAACAAGGUACACAAAUCGCUGAACAAGCGUCGAACGCAAUUCCAAGAGGCACGCGAAAGGUACCAGUUAAAGUCGGAACUUAAAAAGAUGAUGGAAAUCAAUCGGCUUACUGAAAUCACCAAUGAAGUGCAAAACGCUGAAGCGAAGCUGGCGGUUAGAAAGCUAAAGGCAGCGAAGAAGAAAAUCGCUGAAGCAAAUGAAUCGCUGCCGAUCGAUUUUAUUGAGCCGGAGAGGCUUUCGGGAAAUCUUCGAACGAUACAGCCGAAUAAGGAUUUGAUUGCGACGGGGCUGCCCAAGCUUCGGCAGGCCAGCGUCAUCAAGAAGAGCCGCGCAGAGGUGCAACGCAAGAAGAGCCGCUCGCUCAAGAAAGUGCGCUACGUACGUCGGUCACACAAGGAGGCAGACAAUUGAGUUUGUAGACAACAAUAAGCAGUGUUUUCGGCGGUAUUUUAGCUAACAUCUGGCCGAGGGGAUGAUAAUGUAUGUUUAUAAAAAAUCAAUAAAAAUUGGUAUAAAGCAGAAUGACACACUUCAUCUGCAUUCGCUUUCAAUUCUUCAUUUCAUUUCAAUUUCAGUAAAUUUAUG